UAUUCGUUCUGGUUUCCCUUCUCGCCUUCGGGGCCAUGGCUAAGGGCGACGGCGUGGCGAAUAGCAUCGAGGCCCUCAUCUCCAGCAUGAAGCAGAGUUUCUCGGGGCUCAGUGCCAAGCGAGACCUGUGGUACGAGAAUUACUCCACCAUGACCCAACUCACCCAGAGCGACACACUCCAGUUGGAAGAACUCCUCCUGGUUAGCAAAAUGGCCAUCCCCAUGAUCUGGUCGAUGUACGUGAACCAAGUACAAGGCCAGAAAGCUUACCUCCACCGCCUUGUACAUGAGGAAUUGGCUCUGUCUCUUCCCUACGACACGGAAUUCCCGGCGCCGCUUUUCUCCUAUUUCCACGUCGAGGCCAAGCUCUCUAUGGGAGAGUUGCAAGAUUUCCAGGUAGAAAUUUUACGGGAUGAUGUCGUUAUCUAUUCUCUCGGGGUUGACUUCGACGAAAUCAACGUGCAAAUCGCCGACGACUGCGCCUUCACCUCCCUGUGGCUAACGGAGAUGGACGCCAGCAUCCCUAUGCCUUUGCCCACCAAGCAUCACUGGUGCACGCAGGACUACCACCUAGCUAGCACCUUCAGCAUCAGGCUCAGCCAAGAGGACCAAGGGACGCCAGAUUCAGCAGAAGACGCCCAGAACGACUUUGAAGACGAAGCACACCAGGCUAUUCAGCUCUUGGAUUUUACAGUGUACGAUGGCGUCAUUAUUCAGUGAAUUCGUUGAUUUUUUCGGUGUUUAGGGGUUUAACCAUUCUUGAUGUU